AUGCCUCCCACUGACGGAGACUUCGAUCUUAGGCAACCUUCUCAAUCUGCCUUCACAGUUGGAGAGUACACGUUCGCCGAUGUGGAGAAUUUGGAGCAUUGUGCUAAGUAUCUCAACCAAUCGCUCGUCACGUUCGGAUUCCCUGCUUCGCUCGAUCUCUUCGCAAAUGACCCCGUUUCCAUUGCGCGGACGUGCAAUUGCAUUUACUUCCUGCUCCAACAGAGACAGCGCGAUGUUGAAUUUAGAGAGUCGGCUAAUGAUCAAAGACAACGACUGUUGUCUGACAUUUCAAGAUUGGAGGCCAAAGUAGAGCGGCUUGAAGGUCAACUACAAGUCAAAGACAGAGAGAUAGCAACUAUUACUAGAACGGAAGCUAAAAACACGGCAGCUCUGAAGGCUCAAAUUGAGAAGCUGCAACAGGAGAGGGAUGAGUUUCAGAGAAUGGUUAUUGGUAAUCAGCAAGUAAAAACUCAACAACUGCACGAGAUGAAGAAGAAGGAAAAGGAAUAUAUAAAAUUGCAGGAGAGGCUAAACCAAGUUUUAAUGGAGAAGAAGAAAGAGUCUAGGUCAGGCAUGGAGAUAAUGAAUUUACUUCAGAAAGAAGGGAGGCAACGUGGAACAUGGAAUGGGAAGAAAGCUGACAAUGAUUUUUACAAAAAGAUUGUGGAUGCUUAUGAGGCCAAAAAUCAAGAACUGAUGGCAGAGAAUACUGAUUUAAGAGCAUUGUUGAGAUCAAUGCAGGUGGAUAUGCGCGAUUUCUUAAAUGCACCUAAUGGACUACCAAAACAAUCUCUCACUGGCAAUGAAAGAGUGGAAAGUGAUCCUUCACAAUCACCAUUGGUUGGGAAAAUGGACGUAUUUGACCUUCCUUUUCAUAUGGCCAGAGAUCAAAUAGAAGAAAGUCUUCGUAACAAAAUGGCUUCUAUAAAGGAGCGCAUGGUUCAAUUGCAAGAUGCUCAAAAGGGAGCAGAAGUUACUUCAGAGGCUACUGAGAGGGAACUUGAGCUUGAAGCUCAGCUUGUUGAAGCCAGAAGCAUCAUACAGGAACAGGCAUCAAUAAUGUCGAAACAUCUUGCAAAAUCUGAUAGGCCAAGGCAGUAUGUAAUUAACAAAACUGAGGAUACUCACAUUUACAGGCACGGACAUCAUGCUUUUAGACUAUUUAACUUAUAUUGCUUGUCCAUCCUGCAUUGCCCUAGUUCAUGUUAA